GGCAGGACUCAGGUCAUCACAAAUUCGUAGCGCCUGCAGCAACGCAUUCGUUCUCACUCAGUGACACUCAUGUCCACUCCUUUUAGACGGCUCGUUAAGCCCUCGCUGUCGCUCGAUGCGUAUGCGCAAUGCGCCUGCCGUCGCGCACCCAGAGUCGCCCGCCGUGAGCAGGCGCGAUGCUUCAGCAGCUCACCUGCCGUGUUUUCAGGCCAUUCAAAAUGGGCGACGAUAAAGCACGACAAGGCCAAGGCUGACGCGGGAAAGAGCAAGCAGCGCGCCCUCCUCACCAACGACAUCACCAACGCCGUAAAGAACAAUGGUCCCGACCCCAACAUGAACCCGCGCCUUGCCCUCGCCCUCACAACCGCGAAAAAAAGCCAAGUCCCCAAGGCCUCCAUCGAAGCAGCGAUAGCCCGCGGCCAGGGUCUCUCCGCGUCAGGUGCCGCGCUUGAAUCGAUCAUGCUAGAGGCCAUGCUUCCUGCGUCUGUCGCAGCGGUGAUUGAAGCGCAAACGGAUAAUAAGCUGCGCUCUCUCGCGGACCUACGAUUGAUCAUCAAGGAGGCUGGGGGCAACGUGUCGACCGUGAGCUACAUGUUUGAGAAGAAAGGCAGGGUGAUACUGCACCAGAAGGAAGGCGUGGGCGCCGACGAGGUGCUGGAGGCUGCGAUCGAGGCCGGUGCAGAGGACGUCCAAGAGCUAGAUGACGGACGUGUUGUCCUAUUCACGGAGCCCGCUACCGCAAAGACAAUUGCGCAGACCGUCGCUAAGGAGAUGGACAUGGAGGUCGCGGAGGCGGAGAUCAUAUACGACCCCAACGAAGAUACCCUGGUGCCGCUUGAUGAUGCGGAAACGGCAGGGCAAUUAGGCAAGUUCGUGGACAAGGUACAAGACGUGCAAGGGAUCCAGGGCGUGUACUUGAACUGGACCAAGGGUUCAAUAGAUGAUAGCCUGUGGGAAGAGCUAGCGAGCAAGACCGCGAUAUGAUGAUUCUCCUUGUCCAUAUUUGUCCGCAUAGAUGUACAAAAUACUAGUACAAUACUGUACAAAAUCCACCAGCACUUUGGUCCAAAACGCCUUCCAUGCUCAACUAGUUGUGAUGUUCUCGCUUGUUCCGUCCUGUAAUCGAGUCGGGUGU